AUGGCGCUUGUUGAUAUAUCCGGACUCGCUUGUGGGCAAACUUCUCAAGGGAACCCUCUGCUUAGUGAAGGUGUGGUCCGAAGGGUAGGUGAUGGGGCUGAUACUAAAAUAUGGGGAUUGCCUUGGCUUGCUGAUUCCACGAACUCUGCACUGUAUACUCCUAUCAUUGAAGAGCUAAGAGUCGCACCAGUGAGUGGUCUGUUAAAUGAAUUAGGUGAGUGUGACUUAGAGGUUUUUAAUGAUUUGUUCCUAGACAGUGAUAUUCAUCAAAUUCUAUCCACCCCUAUUUCCCCGCAGAUUAAAGAUACAUGGAGAUGGAAAGGCAACAUCCGGGGUAUGUAUUCAGUGCGGCAUGGUUAUAAGCUACUGACGGCCUCUUCCCUCCAUCUUGACCCACAGUUGCAUUUUAUCGAGAGGAAGAAUUUAUGGUCUUUGCCAGUUCCGCCUAAAGUGAAGAAUUUCCUCUGGAGGUGUAUGCGCCAUGUUCUUCCUGUUCGCGAAAUAUUAAAGAAGAGGCAUGUUUGGGCGGGUGGUGGCUGUCUGUUCUAUCCAGAGGAAUUGGAGACGAUGGAGCAUAUUUUUUGUGAUUGUGCAGUAGUGAACCAUGUUUGA